ACGAUCUGCCGACAAGGGAGCACCAGUGGUGCUACCCUUACAUGUGGCCAAGGGGACACUGGCCAGCUGGGACUAGGAGAGGAAGUCCUAGAAAAAACAAGAUUCACGGAAGUCUCGAAAUUAGAAUAUGUUAUUUCCGUGGCUGGUGGAGGAAUGCACAACAUAAUUCUCACCAAUGAUGGUUGCGUUGCAACCUUUGGUUGUAACGACGAGGGGGCAUUGAAGAGAGACAUUACAGAGUGUGGAGAAGCUACCCCGGAAUUUGUAGAGUUGCCUGCGCGGGCUAUACAAGUAACCGCGGGUGAUUUACACAGUGCCGCUCUCCUUAAAGAUGGGAGGAAUUAUUGUUGGGAAGCAUUUCGGGAUUCACAUGGAACUUUGGGGUUGAUCACUAGAAAAAAAGAAGAUACUCCAAUUGAAAUACUUCCAAACAUGAAAUUUUUGAAAAUAGCAUCUGGAUCAGACCAUAUCGUGCUCCUGAAUAACACUGGGACAGUGUUCACACUUGGAUGUGCUGAGCAGGGCCAGCUCGGCAGAGUUUCAGUAAGAAAAUUGGACCGACACAGUAGACGGGAAAAGUACCAACUCCUCACCCCAGAGCAAGUCUACUUCAACAUAAAAAAAAAUAUCAUUAUUAGAAAUAUUUGGGCUGGUAGCUUUUAUACGUUCGCUAAAGCAGGGAAUAGUGACCUGUAUGUUAGUGGACUGAACAAUUAUAACCAGAUCGGUCUCAAAGGAUGUGAUAGAACCUUACACCCUAAAGUUUCACACACAUUCAGCAGACACAGAUGGAUGCAAAUUAACUCAGGUCAGCAUCACACAGUUGCUGUGAACGAUCAAGGACAAGUUUAUACAAUCGGGCGUAAGGAAUACGAAAGAUUAGGCCUUGCAAGCCUAUGCGAGGAUGCUCAGGAGCUGAUUCCAGUGCCCAAGCUGGAAAACUUAAAGUGUAUUGACGUGGCAGCUGGUACUGCACAGUCGUUUGCCGUCACAAAUAGUGGAACACUCGAUGCCUGGGGCAUGGGCUCGGAAGGUCUGUUAGGAACUGGUAAAGAGGAAGAUAUAUACGAGCCUGAAUUAAUUAAUUUAAAACACGUCAAAGAUGCAUGUGUCCUCCAGGUAUCCGGAGGAGGGCAGCACACGAUUGUUUUAGUAAAGAAACCACAUUCUCCGUUAAUAUAA